UCCACGUGGUAUUACGUGUAGUAUAAGAAGCAAAUGUUUAAUGUCCGCGUGUACAGGAGUUGACUCAAUCUUUUUAGGACCACAAGUCUGCACGGGGGUGAAAAUGAAGUUCCUGUUCGUGCUGUUGGUGUUGGCAAUCAUAGCUUCUGUGGAGGCUGGUGGAUAUAAAAGACGCCCUCAACCAAGGCGUAUGUUCAAAGGAUACGGUAAACGUGGCGGCGGAUCCUGGGGCGGAAACUGGUAUGGUGGCAUGGGCAAUAUGGGAUACGGAGGAUGGGGGUAUGGGGGCGGCAUGGGUGCCAUGGGAUAUGGAGGAUUGGGAUACGGAGGCGGUCUAGGUGGAUAUUACGGAGGAUAUGCAACAUCAUAUCCCAGUAUGUCGUAUGGAGGAUAUGCAUCGUCCUAUCCCAGUAUGUCGUAUGGAGGAUAUGCAUCGUCCUAUCCCAGUAUGUCGUAUGGAGGAUAUUACAGUGGAUAUCCUUCCUACUCUGGAGGAUACUACAGCAGCGGAUAUCCUGCAUACAGUGGGGGAUAUUACUCUGGAGGUUACCCUAUGUACAGCGGUAGUUAUUAUACUGGUGCUAGUUACCCUGCCUACGCUACAAGCGGGUUGUCUACCGGGGGUGUCGUAUCGACUGGGGCAGCAGUCCCAGCAGCAAGCAAUGUCGCCGCCUUGGGAGGAACCUCUUUAGCUUCUGCCAUCGGUUCCAUUGGUUCAUUCGGAACAGGAUCUAACACUGGCUACUAUCCUCUGGGAGCUGCAACUUAUGCAGGUUGA